AUGGAGGAGAGAACUAAUCAGCUGACCCAGGAGAGACCCAGCAUUCGUCUGGAAAAGCUACAGCACUGGGCAAGACACAGGCAGAGUGGAAACCUCUUGGUGCUGGCGGUGAGCCAACUAUGGCUGGCAAUGAGUAUGGUGCCCUUUGCUGUCUCACUUGCCUGCCUGAACUCUGCAUGUCAAAUGGCCACAGCACUGACCCUUGGGCCUGCAGCCUUGGUUUUCCUCACUGGGACUGUUACCUUUGAGCUGCGCAGAGCACCUCGCCUCUGGAAGGUACAGGCCAUGAUGAUAUUCAACAUCUUCAACCUUAUCUUGAGCUUCAUUGUUCUGGUGGUCGAGGUGAUGAAGACAGCCUUGGCACCUGCCCCAGCUGUCCCCUCCCAGCUGGCUGGCUUGUUGGUGCUGGAGCUCAGUGCUGAGGCCUUCACCCUAGGAGGAGUGCUGGUCUCUGCAUAUGCCCUAUUCCUUCUGAGCCAGAGGAAGUCAGGUUGCUGCAGGAGCCGAAGUCUGUACUACCAGGAGCUGCAGGAGGGCCUCUCUGAGUUGGAGGAGGUUCCAGUUUUGGAGAAUGGUCCCACAGCGGCUAGUACAGCAAAUGGGACAAAUACACCAACUCUCCAAAUUUCACUCCUGGGGGCUUCUUCGGUAGCCGCUUCGAGCUGGUGCCUUUUCACUAACAAAGACUACAAGUCCCAGGAUGCCCGGCUACCCUGUAGCCUGCUGGGAAAUAAAAUGCUUUUCCUUCGCUGUGGGGGCGCGGUGUAUUUGCUGAGUGACGCGAGGCUCUGUAAAUCUAGGCCUAACCGAGAGUUUCCCUGGACGCGACUACUGGCGUGGCGUGCGGGGAGGAACCGGAAAGAACUCUAA